AUUCACCAAAACAAAUCACCACCCCGCAGGACAUUGUUUACCCUGGCCAAACCUGACCAGUAACAAAAGCUAAAUUUUUCCGGGGACUAAUCUCCACUUGAAUACCGCUGAGCUUUCCCUGCAGAGGGAUAACGGGUCGUCGAGACCAUUUUCCAAAAAAAGAUAAAGUGGAUUCUCCCCUAAUUAUCUCAGAAUACAUACAUAUAUAUAUGUAUAUAUAUAUACACACGUAUGUAUCUGCCGUAGUGAUGAGGUACAAUGGCGGCUGACGGUCAUGGCGAAGCCACAUCUCAAAAUAUCGACACUGUGAAUCACACUAGAAACAUAAAUACCCCAUUGUCUCCUAUAUUUAUACUCCAUAGAGUCCAAGUGCACCAGUAAAAAAAAACAAAAAAAAAUCAUUAAAUAAUUUAUCAGCCCCUAGCAGCCCUGGUUGCCAAUAAAUAACGAAUAAAUCCACCACAACUAGAAAUAAAUACGUAAGUGAAGUGGUGAGCAGUUUCGCGAAUUGUCAACAAUUGAUUUCUAACCUUAACCGCUAAUCAAGGAAGCUCCAUUCUUUAUCCCAGUGGUUGGAAGACCGAGACAAGCGGUAAUUAUGAAAUUUUCGUAAAAAUCAGGAGAAAAAUUAUAUUCCUUUCAUGGAAGUCAUCUCAUUGAGUUUAAGAGACCCUCAAUGACCGAUAAUUUUCAUCAAUAACAAUGAAUAAAGAAAAAAUCGACAAUUCCAUGAAAAUCGGAGAGAUUGGAGUCACUGAUGACUCGAAAACAGCUCCAAAAAUUGUAAAAAAAGACUCAACAAAUGGACCAGAGAUCAACGAAAUAGUCGAUGAUGGUCUGAGUAAAACUGAGGGCCUGAAAGGCGAAGAGAAUGGGACGAGUCUGAAGGAUGGGGUAGGUCCUCCCCCCGAGACUCCUAAAGAACAAGGAGAAAAUCCCGUUGUGUCCGAAACAGAAGUGUCAGAGGUCCCAGCCAGUGAAAAGUCGAUCCCCAGCUCCGAAGAGCCUGUUUCCAAGAAAUCUCCUGAAAAACUUGAAUCUUCUCCAGGAAAGUCCCCUCUUGGUCUUCAGGACGAUGUAAAUGCGAACCCUGAGGAGGGAAAAUUGACAUCUGAAGGCACUGAGGACCCUCAGGCCCCUAAUGUCUCCACAGAUGACAAGGAAGAUAGUACAGAUGAAUCCGCCGAGAAAAAAUCUGAGGAAAAAGCGGAAGUGAUCCAAAUGAUAGAGGAGAUCAUCGUGAUGCCAGUAGAAGAAUCAAAGAAGUCUGACUGCAACGAAGUGGAGUGUCCGGAGCCUUCGUUGACGCCCCCGGACUCAUCACCAGCCGAAGGCCCUGAGAAUGGAUCGUUGAGUCCUCAGGACGAGAGCCCCCCAGAGGCUGGAAAGCCAGAACCACCAGAACCAAAGAAACGAUCAGUUAUCGAAUUUAUUUACGAGGACUGGAGUGAUGGGAACGUUGAGGAGGAGGAAGCCCCAUCAUCGAAGGUGGACGACACGGUUGAGAAUCAGCUGAAGAGCCUUCUGGAAGAGAAGGUCCCAAAGACGACGCGGAGAACACCCUCUCCGAAGGUCCUCCCCCCUGAGAAGACCCCAGAACUGCUGUCGAAGUCGAUCACCGAUUCAAAGAAUCCUGGACUGAAGAAAGAGGAGAAAAAAACAGGGAAAACUGUGGUCGAGGCUUCCUCAGAUAGCAAGGAGCUCCUGGCGAUCCUGGAGGGUGACAUCGAGCCAGAUUGGUCGGACCUGAAGCCCCCUACGCUCCUAAUCGAGUGCAGUUCGGAUCAGAAUUCCAAGUCAGAGUCUGAACAAAAUCCACCGAAGUUGGAUCCCCUGAUCGAGAGACAACUGGCGCUGAAGCAACUCCUGGAGCUGCCGAUGAACUCAAAGAAGCCCAGGAUAUCCCCGAGGAAGUCCCCAGUUGUGCCAAAACAAAUACUCGAGGAGGAUGAGACUGUUGAAGAGUUCAAAGUCGAUGAGAGCCGGUCUGGGAGAAAGAGAAAACCGACGGAGAAGGCUAGGGAGCACGAGAUAACGGCGAAACGUCAGAAGGUCAUCAAAGUGAAGGCUCCGGGUGAAAAGGCUCCGGUGAAGAAAGUUGAGACAGUACCACAAGAGAAAAUUAAAGAAAAAUCAUCCGAUGAGACGAAGGGAGACGUGGAAAUCCCAAAAAAAACUGCCAAGGAUGCUAAAUCCGUAUCAGCAGCAAAAAAAAUCAUUCGCAAAAUCCCCCAGAAGCCUUCGAGUAUUGUCAGACCUCCGAGAAAGUCACGUAAAUCAGCGGGUGGAUCACUGGAAGGGGCUCCAAAGCGAAAAAAAACUGUCAACGAAAUCGAUCGUCUCCUCCAGGACGAAGGAGUCGUCAAUUUGCUGUAUGACGUGGAACAGCCAGGAAAACGACGGCUGGUUCCCGUGACAAAAUCCCAAGCCAAAGUUAUGGACAUUCAGAAGGUCCAGAGGGAACUCAGAAUUCGAACGAAACUCGUGAAAAAUGCAGUUCUGCGAUUGAGAACAUCAGCAGGACCUGGACCCAAUGCACCUCGAGCGAAAAGAAUCUCCGCUGGGAGUUGUUCAUUGGAGGAGCAGGAGUCACCGACUGUAACACCGACACAAUCAUCGACUCCAGGAGAGGAAUUUCUCAUUCCAGCGAAGAUCAGAAACGCUGCAGACGCUUCGAUAAUCGUCCGGAGGCACUCGUCAAGUUCAUUUUCUAGUGCAUCGGGCAGCCCUAGGGUCAGUAUCGAUAGCAAUGACAGACAGGUGAGUUACGAUGAAGGAAAGAGUCAGGGGCAUGCGAUGAAAGCUGGAAAACGAAGUCCGCCUCAAGGGGGAAGGAAAAAAGUUGAAGGGAAGAAAGCAAAGAAGGUACUCGAUCCCAAAUUGGGGGAGAAUAUUGCGCCUAAAUCGAGAGGAAAAUCACCUGCGGGAAAGGCCAAACCUGUGGACCGAAAGAAGAUAUUGAUAAGGAAAGCACUGAUGAUGGAUAAUGACGGGGAUGACAAGACGUUGAAGGUCGUGAAGUCCAAUGGAACAGCUGGAAAAAUUACCACGCCCAAGAAGAGUCCGAAGAGUAAAGUGAAAUUCGCCAAAAAUGCUCACUUGGAUGGUACAAGCGUGAACGAACCUGAGGGUGUUUUGCUUGAUGGACUAUCUGUCUCCCACGACGCUGAACAGGACGAAGAUGAUAAACUAUCUGCGUGUCUUGCUGCUGCUGUCACAGCUCUAGCCAAUGACACUGCCUCGCGGGGAAAGAAUUGCGUACUUAAUAGGAAAGGAAAGACCAGGGAGCAGAGGGGAAAGGACAGCAAAGUUCAGUUCAGUAACAAGGAGAUCAAUGUCCAGAGGCAUGCUAAUCUGGUACAGUUGAUUCUGACACCAUCGACGACAUCGAAGAUUAGAAAUGGAAUCACCCUGCAGAUGAUGCAGGAGUUCAGAGAGGUAUUGUCGGUUCUUAAGAAGGAUGACAGUUGCAGGGUGGUUUUACUCACUUCGACGGGCUCGAGCUUCUGCGAGGGCCUGGAACUCUCGAGUUUGUUGGAGGAGAAUAAGGAUGUCAGGAGGGCCAAUGCUCAAUUACUUGCUGAUGGGGUCAAAGAUUUUAUCAAGAGUUUAGCUACGUUUAAUAAGCCCAUUGUUGCUGGAGUGCAGGGCUCGGCUGUUGGAUUGGGUGUCACCAUGUUGCCUCUUUUUGAUCUGGUUAUCGCCAGUGAUAAAGCUUCAUUUAGUACACCUUAUGGGAAACUGGGACAGAUUGCUGAGGGAGCUGCUGUUUUCACGCUGUCCCAUGUUUUGGGAAGUGCUGUGACAAGUGAACUUCUGUUGGGAGGCAGAACGUUAACAGCCAAUGAAGCACUCAGAGCUGGACUUGUCACAAGAGUACUGUGGCCAGAUAGAUUUCAUGUUGAACUGUUGCCUUCUCUCCGAGCUAUGAGUGAACAAUCCUCACAGUCAAUGGAAGCAACAAAGGCCCUCCUCCGUCACAGUUUGAGAUCAAAAUUAUCAGCAGCACUGGAGUCCGAGAGUUAUCUAUUGGUACAACACUGGUGUUCAACGGAAUGUCAAAAUGCAAUCCGAGCUUACAUGGAUGAGAAGAGAAGGAUGUGGCAAAGUGGUAAAUUGGUGAUAAACGAAUGUUGAGAAAAAUUCAGAUAUAUUUUUUUUUCUCAAAUUCAAACAACACAUGAAGAAGGGAUGACUGGGGUUAUUGUUUCGCUCGUCUUUCCUCGUGUCCCAACACCUCUAUCUAACUCAGUAACUUGUUGUUACUGGUUGAUUGAUUACUAAAACAUUAUGACAAGAAAAAUGUAUUUUGCGAACAUUCUUUCAUGUGGACAGUUCAUCGUAUGGAAUAUAUUUUUUAAUUUUAAUUUUAUCGAAAUUUGUUCCAAGUUCUCACAAGAAUAUUUGUUAUUAUCAUUAGUUUGUAUUGUUAAUAAAUAUUCUGUCGGAGAAUGUUCACUGUA